AUGGAGACCGGCCCAAGAGAAGAAGAGUUUGACUGGCUUUUCAUCAGUCAAAACCCUACCGAUUUUGCGCCGUCAUCCUCCUCCGUGAACCAGCAACAGCCGCCGUCCAAUACCACCAUCAUGGGUUCUUCUUCUGCCCGGCAAGUAAAUGGCAAUGGUAGUUUCCUUGGUGACAAUACUGGUGUUUUCUCUUUCCAGACCAAGCAACAACAACAGCUGCCGGCGGUGGGUAACCACUUUGUAGCCAAUCCCGUCCGUUCUAUUUUUGAUCAUCGAGAUCGUUAUCCGGCGGAUUUCAGUCUUGAAUUCAAUCCGUACGACUACUGCUGCAAUUCUUGCAACCCUGAUCAGUUGUACUGCUUUGGUGCUACUGAUUUCCAUCCGGCCGGCCUUGCAAGUUUCGAUCACCGAUCAUCCCUGAAUGGUUUUCCAGAAACCCCACGUGAGAGGAAUCUUGAAAUCGAUUUUAAUCGACUUAAUAUAUCAUCAUCAAACCACCAUCUGCUGCCGUUCUUGGCCUCUUCUCCGCCCCUUGGGGGUUCUACCAUCGCAAACAAUUCGCUCAUUGACUCGUCUUUCAAUGUGGGUAACAUCUAUCCUCAAGGGAGAGUUCCUGCUCCGGUGACGCCGGUCAACCGGAACGUAGCCUUCCAUGAUCCCUGCUGCAAUCUGCAUAGUCGGAGAGAUAGCUUUGAAUUGAAUCCAAGGGGUUUAUGUAAUCUGCUUGAAAACCCUAUCCGAUCUAGAGAUUGGAUUAGCGCAUACCCAAACCCUAUCAGUAACUCUCUCCCCCAAUCCCGGCAGCAGCCGAAACGAACCAAGUUUCCGGCCUCUUUGAAAGAUAUAAGAGGCUUGAUAUGCUUGGUGGCUAAGGGUCAAGAAGGCUGCCAAUUCUUGCAGACCAAGUGUGAAGAAGGAAAACCUGAAGAUAUCGAGAUGAUAUUUUCUGAGAUUAAAGAUCAUAUUCGUGAAUUUAUGGUGGAUGCAUCGAUGAAUUAUCUUGCUCAGAAACUGUUCAAAGUGUGCAAUGAGAGACAAAUGACUCACAUUGUUGUUUCUGUGAUUACUGAUGAUGCCAAUCUCACCUCUAUUUGCCUCAAUUCUCAUGGGACUCGAGCGAUGCAGAAGUUGAUUGAACUUCUCUCGACGGCAGAACAACGAUCUUUGAUCGUAUCAGCACUUAGGAGGAUCACGGUUACCUUGACCAAAAACACGAACGGCCAUCAUGUCAUUCAGCACUGCUUGAAAUCCUUCCAUGUUGACGAAGUCCAGCCAAUUCUGAAUGUGGUAGCUGAUAAUUGUCUAGACAUAGCUACUGACAAAAGUGGAUGCUGUGUGUUACAACAAUGUGUAUUACACGCCAAUGGUGUAUCUAAAGAGCGACUACUGACUGAAAUCAUAGCUAAUGCACUCCAUCUAGCUGAACACCCUUAUGGGAAUUAUGUUGUCCAGCACAUAUUGGGAAUGCAGAUACCAGGUGUUACUGCUGAUAUAUUGCAGAGGCUUUCUGGGAAUUUUGUCACUCUUGCAAUGAACAAGUAUGCAAGUAAUGUUGUGGAGAAGUGUUUGAAGGAUGCUCCAGAUGAUCAGUCUAUCCCCAUCAUUAGGGAGAUUAUAAACAGUCAAAACUUUUUAUCGGUUAUUCAGCAUCCGUAUGGGAACUAUGUUGCACAAUCAGCGUUACAAACCGCAAAGGGCUCUCUUAAGGAGAUGAUGAUCAACAAAGUCCAGAAAGAGUAUGCAUUUUUACACAGUCAUCCACAUGGGAAGAGGGUUCUGGCAUUAGCUAGAAACAGCAAGCCACGCGGUUCGCCUCAAGCAUGA